GUCCUCCUGUCUUCCGUGAAGUCUGGCUAGCAAAGUAAGUCGGAUCGCUAGUUAGCUUAGGUUAUGGUACGAACGGGAGAUGCGAUAAGGUACACUAUCAUCAGCUUCCCCAUCAGAUCAACCGACGUCAACAAUUAUCAGUCAAUCAAUCAAUAACCCGCCCAACACCUUGUUUGCCAGGCAAUAUAUACAGCCCUGCGUCACCAGGUUAGGAGACCAAUUAUCUUAUUCCCCAUCUUCAGCUUCCUUCCCUCUUCCCCUUCUCCAUUGCCACCAUUACCACCUCCAUCAUCCCCAUCCAUCAUUGUCCUCUUGUUCCCUCCCUCGCACCUUCGAAUAGACGAGAUGGCUCGACAUCCCCACCCUGUUUCUGGCCAGCUAGAGCCCAAUCGGGAACACGCGAAGCCGUCGGAUCUGUCCCACCACUUUAACCGUGUUACCCGUGAGCGAACUGCAAGUGCAAUCAAGAACUUGUACAAAUAUUUCCAGGCCCCAGGAAUGAUAAAUUUGGCCGGUGCUCUACCGUUCCCCGGGUACUUUCCCUAUGAUACAUUGGAAUCCGCUGUCUCAACUUCAGGUCGCUUCCCCGCAAACCUUAUCGAACAGCUUAACAAACCGAUUCCCGUACUCUCCACCUCUCCGCCACCUCCUCCUAAAAGAUCAUCCCCCCUUUCCUCACAUCUGAUUGUUCCGAAAUUCAAACCUGGAGGCCCACCGGGAGGCAGUAUUGAUGUUGCUACGACAUUGCAAUAUGGCCAAGCUUCCGGCUUCGGUCCAUUGGCCGAAUUUAUCAAAGACUUUUCGAUUAAUCAUCUCCAUGGCGGGAGGAUCCCAUAUGAGAAUCCGGAAAUACUUCUGACGUGUGGUAAUACCGAUGGUUUUGGGAAGGUGAUGCAAAUGAUUGCCGAGAGGGGUGACAGCAUGCUCGUGGAGGAGUACACAUAUCCGAACGCUAUCCAGACAGCUGACCCCUAUGGUGUAAACAUAUCACCUAUCAAGGUGGACGCUGAGGGAAUGCUAUCUGAAGGAAAAGGAGGUCUUAGAGAUGUUCUCGAGAAUUGGGACCACAGAAGAUUCGGUAGAAGACCUCGCUUAAUGUACACUAUCACAAUCGGUCAAAACCCCACCGGCGCCACACUUUCUUUGCAGCGCAGAAAGGAAAUCUACCGUUUGUGUGAGAGAUACGAUGUGAUCAUUAUCGAAGAUGAUCCGUACUGGUAUCUCCAGUAUACUGAAUCCUCGCACCCCAAGGACGCCCAAACCCUGCCAGCCAACUCUACCGGAAUGAGAUAUCCUUUCCUGGAAGCCCUAACCCCAUCCUACUUGACAAUCGACACCUCUGGGCGCGUCAUCCGUCUUGAUACCUUCUCGAAGACAAUCGCACCCGGUUGCCGUCUGGGAUGGGUCACAGCACAACCAGCUUUCAUCGAGCGCCUGACUAGAAUCACCGAGAGUUCCACUCAAAGCCCCUCCGGCUUUGCCCAAGCGAUGGUAGUUCAGCUGUUGCGCAAUAUUUGGGGUAUGGACGGUUGGGUCAGCUGGCUAGAGGGACUUCGUGCCGCAUACGAGGCUCGAAUGAGAAUAAUGUGCAGUGUCUUGGAUGCAUACAAGGAGAGCGCCAUUGUCUGCGAGAGCAAAGACGAAGAUUCCAUGAUUGUGGACAAAGUCAGAAUGUAUUCUUUCGACGAGCCCAUGGGUGGGAUGUCCGUAUGGGUUCAUAUCCACAUCACUUCCCACCCAGCGUACGCCGCAUACCUCGCUCGCGGGCACACUAAGCGAGAAAUGAUGAACCAACUGUGGAAGUAUGGUGCUGAGGAACACAUCUGUCUCCCAUGUCCCGGCUGGAUCUUUGGCGCGAACAAAAACAUCCAGGAGGACAACAGUGCUGAGUUUUUCAGACUCUGUUUUGCGGCGAUCGAAGCCGAGAGAAUUUUGGAGGCAACCGAACGAUUUGGAAGGGGAAUUCGUGAGUUCUGGGGACUCAACGCUGACGAAAUCGAGAGCUGUUGUUCGGCGGAUGGCGUGCCGGAGGCCCAAGGAAAGGAAGCCGCAUGGGGGUUGGGAUGUGGCGGGUUCGGGUGUUGAACUUAUUCGUCUUUUUCAUUAGUCUUUCGUUCAUUCACUAGGGCGCAAUUUUUCAUACGGUGGGGGAUAAAUGGUUGGGAAAGGUCAUAACAUUGCAUUGGGAAAGGGGAAAUGGAAUCGGAAAUGGGAUGGGAGGGAAUUCAAGGGUAUAAAUCAGGAUUCUUAGCAUUUGCAUUGUACUCGUACAUAUAAAAUUAAGCUCUUUCUACCCCCUCACAAA